AUGGACCAUUACCCCCCUGUACACGGUGCUCGCGUGCCUGCUCGCUCAGUAAAGUGUCCGGCUCUCAUGCCGUGCAGAGGGCCGUGUUAUGUUCGGCGUGGCCAGGCCCUCGAGUCGACCACCACCACAUAUGGCACAGACAUCGCCGCAACUGUCGCAGCCCUCACUGUGUCAUGCCUCUCCUUCGCGCUGGUGCUCUUUUCACCUCCGCUAUCGUGGUGGCGUCCCCCCGUCCCGCAAGAAACUCCCGGCAAGAGUCAGCUCCCUUUCGUACCCCUUCUUCGCCCCUGCUCGUCUCCUGUGCCUGUUGCCGUGCGGUCGCCGAGGAAGCGGAGGGCUCAUCACGUUAGAGCUGGCGCGGUGUGCCGACGGUUGAGCACGCGGCGUUGCGACACUCCGCCGGUCAGCAGGAAGCCGCCGUUGCUGCUGCAGUUGCUUCUUCUUGGUGGGCAGCUGCCGCACGUUCUUUGGCCCCUCGGCUCGGAGGAGUGGUGCCGCAGCGGUAGACAGCGUCGCGUCCGGCACCCGAAGAGCCCGCCACACACCACCACGCCCACGCCCUCUGCCUCUUCCACGGCGCCGGUGCAAUCACCUCGCAGAAGGAGCUCUUGGGCGAGAUGCAGUGGUUCGUCAGCGCUCCGAUGA